AUGGAGGAUACCUUAACCCCAUGUUCAGGGCCAUGGUUCUUCAACCUAAGGUCUUCAAAACAGUUUAUCGGAUUGGCUGUGUUCGUAACAACGUUCACUGAUGGGUUCCUCUAUGGAAUCGUAGUAGCGGUUCUUCCCUUCUCUUUAAACAUUCGUUUCGGAGUCCCAGAAGCAGACAUCCCGUUCUGGACAUCAACCUCGCUGGUCGUUUUCGGUCUUGCAAUGGUAUUUGGUGCACCAAUAGCAGGCUGGGUUGUCGGAAAAUGUGAAAGAAGUCAAAUACCGUUUCUGGGAGGCCUUUCUUGCGCAUCCGGGUCAACACUCUUGUUCAUGCUUGGAUCAGCGCCGUGGAUGAUCAUCAUGGCAAGGAUUUUCCAGGGCCUAUCGGCUGGCGUGGUUUACACAGCUGGUCUGACGCUGCUGGUUAACACGAUUGAGUCACAUGAACUGGGUCCCUGGAUUGGCUUUGGGCUGUCGGGUAUGAACUUCGGUGUUCUUGUAUCACCCACGCUCGGAGGAAUCGUUUAUGAAAAGAUAGGGUACUAUCCUGUUUUUAUUAUGAGCCUUGGUGUGGUCGCCAUUAACUUGGCUCUCAUUUUGUUCAUUAUCGACAAGAAGGCUGCUGCAAAGUACCAAGAUCACGUUAGCAAAAAAAGGCCUUCUUCCUCAGAUGGAAGCUCGCCCAGGAGCGCGGUUGCAAAUGGCAAGCGGCGACUAUCGCAUGUUGAAGAUGAUGCGGCUCUGACAACUCCGCUUCUCACACACUACAGAGAAGACUCUGAUAUUGUCGCGACGGAGCCUACUUGGUGGACUGUCGUUGGGGGCUUUCUUAGUAGCCCUCGCAUACUCGCUGCGCUAUAUGCAUGUCUCAUCAAUACCAUAUUGGUGGCCUCCAUGGACGCGGUACUACCCAUUUUCGUCAAGCAAACCUUCCACUGGCUAUCUGGCGCCACAGGGGCAAUUUUCCUCAACUUGACUAUUCCAUCUCUCAUUGGUCCAUUCAUUGGAAUAAUAUCGGACAGAUAUGGCGUCCGGUUAAUCUCUGCCAUUGGAUUUGUAUUUGCAGGGGUGGCAGUGGUUCUCCUUGCUCUGAUACAACACAAUACCAUCACAAACCAUGUGAUGGCUUGCAUACUAUUGUUCUUUGUUGGAAUAGGACUGAAUACCUCUCUUACCCCCUUGGUUACAGAGAUACCAAGGAUUGUGAAAUCUCUUCAAGACGAGCGCCCUGAUACCUAUGGAUACAAAAGUGCGAUUGCCGAGGGAUAUAUGCUGCUCGAUGCUAUGCUUGGUGCUGGCACUGUGCUCGGGCCAUUGCUCUCUACGGUUGCGUGUGACCACGUGGGAUGGACCGGAUGCACCAUCAUGUUGGGAGUGCUGAGUUUCUCUGCUAUAAUCCCGGUAGCGAUGUAUCUGAAGCCGCAAUUGGGAACUUCAUGA